AUGAGCAAAGCUUUUCAAAAAUGCUUAAAUUUGAAAUAUCCUAUUAUUCAAGCCCCUAUGGCAGGGGUGACAACUAUUGACAUGGCCGCCAAGGCUUGCCGUGCAGGCGCAAUGGCUUCUCUACCUUUAUCACAUUUGGACUUUAGAAUCGCAGAGGAUUUCGAACAAUUCAAGUCGAUGAUCUCACAAUACAGAGACCAUGUGGCAAACGAAUCCCUGGAGAAGAAUAUUAACUUGAAUUUCUUUUGUCAUGACAUCCUUAAUAAGCCAUCCAAACUUCAAAUAGAUAACUGGGUCAAGUUAUACGAGAGAUCCUUGAACAUACCUAUUGAUGUAGACAAAAUCAAUUUUAAGAACGGCAAUAUUUCUUUCAAGGCUUUUGAAAGGGACGAUGCGCUGCAAGAUUUUUUCCAAUAUAUAACAGAUGAAUUUAAACCUAAAGUCAUUAGCUUCCAUUUUGGCUACCCAUCGAAAGCUACAAUCAAAUAUUUGCAAAGGCAGGGAAUUUUGGUCUUUGUAACUGCGACAUCAACAAAAGAAGUUCAUCUCCUAGCAAAGCUAGAUAUUAACGGAAUAGUGUGUCAAGGUUAUGAAGCCGGAGGACAUAGAGGCAAUUUUUUGGCAAAUGAUUCUAAAAACGACGAAAACCUGUCCACGGCCCAGUUGGUGAAAAGAGCUGUUAAUGAGCUUGCUGUAAUGAGGGAUAAGGGUUUCGUAUACGAUAUCCCUCUCGUUAUUGCGACGGGCGGAAUAAUGGAUUCUAAGGACAUAUCAUAUAUGCUAUCCCUACAAGCUGACGGAGUUCAGCUGGGAACUGCAUUUCUCGGCUGCAAUGAAUCCAAUGCAUCGGAAAAUUUUACAAAACCAUUUACGCCACACUCAGAAACUAGGAUGGUCAACAUUGUUUCCGGAAAGCCUGCGAGAACAAUUUUGACUCCAUUUAUCGAGCAUCUUUUGGCUAAUUUCCAAGGCGAAGAGCUUCCUCCUUAUGGAUAUAUGUAUAAUGCUUUUAAGCAGGUAAAAAGAACAUAUCCUGAAUUGGCUAAUUUUUUUCUGGCUGGAGAAGGAUUUCAAAGUGUUCAGUCAGGCAUUGCAACCAACCAAAAAAUCACAGAAUUAGGCGAAAACAUAGCAAAAAAUUGA